AUGACCGAGAAUAAUGGACAGCUAAAAUCCUUAGGAUUACUUUUAUGUUGCUUAGCAUUUACUAGUGCGGUUCGUGUUCAAAUGCCCGGCAAGAUCAUAAGAGGUGAGUUAGAGCAAGCUCUUAAGUAUGUUAUGCGACAAUUACGAAUUCUUCUGUUGAUUGCCUCAAGAAAUAUAAAAAAGAAAUGGAACAAGAGCUUCGUGGAAGCAAAAAAUAAAAAGCGAUAUAACAAAGUGAUAAAGAAUGUAGAAAAAGUAGCGUAA